AGAGAGACAAAGGGGCUUCUGAACAAUGCCAGGGAUACAAGUGUCAUGGAUACUCUACCACUGAAUGGUAACCACGGCAAUAGCUACAGCAUUGCUAGCAGUGAGUACUUGAGCAACUGUGUGCAAAUAAUUGACCAUAGCUAUAACCACAGUGAGACUGCCUUAGAGAAAAAGAUUCUGAAAGAACUCACUUCCAAUUAUAUACCUUCCUACCUGAACAAACAUGAAUGUUCUAAUGAACAAAGUAGGAAUCUGAUGAACAAAUUUGUCAAUAAUCUUGGCAGUGGAAGUGACGAUGCCAUUGUUCUCGAUGACGUCACCUUGUUUAACCAGGAGGAGAACCUGGGCUUAGAACUCAUUCAUGAGGAAUCAGAUGCCCCACUGUUACCCCCAAGGGCAUAUUCUGCAGAGAACCACCAGCCUCACCAUUAUAGCAAAAGACGGAUUCCACAAGACAACAGUGAAAGUUUUUUUCCCUUGCUAACCAAUGAGCACACAGAAGAUCUCCAGUCACCGAAUAGGGAUUCUCUUUACACUAGUAUGCCUGCUCUGGCCAGCAUGUCAGGCACAGAAAGUGUCAACACCAGCACUCAGACCGAUCCCCCAUCAACUAAAGGUGGCGAUGGCGAUGAUGUGUACUACAAGAGUAUGCCAAACCUGGGCUCCAGGAACCAUAUCCAACAGCUACACACUUACUAUCAGUUGGGGCGGGGCAGUAGUGAUGGAUUUAUAGUUCCACCAAACAAGGAUGGGACCCUGACAGAAGAAACCUUGAAAGGACCAGCUCACUUGGUCACUAGUCUAUAGAACACUAAGUAAACAUUUUAAUAAAACAAAUGCUCCCUGUACAACAUCUGGAUUAUUGUCUGGAUUUAAAUCAAAGCAGUGGUAAUAUUGUGUGUUCUCCUACUCCAUAUUGUUCUAAACAACCAACAGUUCUCAUAACUUUUUAAUGGAAUUGAUAGGCCCAUGAAGGAAAAAAGGCUAACUGCCUGUUGUUCCCCCUCACUCAACACAUACACUGGCGUCACGUCAGAGAGACCCUAUGCUAAUGAAUGAGAUACAAAAGGAAGUGGUCCAUUGUGUGGCCUUCUCACAUUAUACUGUAUUUGUUUAAGCAUCUUUGGGUGCUGUCUUAGUACCAAGGACCUGACUUACAAAAGGCCAAACAUGCAUUUGAAACUACUAGCAAUGAUGCGUCUAGAUUGGAGUGCUGCACAAAACAGAAGCAAAAAUAGCAAAACUGUUUAUUCUGAAUCUGUAUCACAUAAUAGUUUGGGGUUUUGGUUUUUGGUUUUUGGUUUUUUUUUGUGUAUGUGUGUCUCUCUUUCUCUCUCUCACCACUUAAUUUAGCCAAAGCUCACUGAACUGUGGAGCAAACAACAUCUAAUGAAAUAGAAAGAAAGUUGGUAAUUGUAUGCUACAUGGUAUAUUUUUAUGUUUUUCUGUAUUAACUGAUGAUAAUUCUAAUGACAGAAAAAAUGGAACAGUUCCUAUGUAAUGUACAGAUACUAGCAUUGCACAUAUAGUCUACUCUUUGUUCCGCCAAAACUUGCGUCCCUGUUAAUGUGGUGGAAAAAAAAAACUUUUUCUGUUGUGCUGGUCUUGCAAGUUUGUCUACCAGUAGAAACAAUUCUUUUCAUGUAUUCUUUAUUUGGCCUUUCCCCACCCCUCUAUCUCUCUCAUUUUAAAAAAAAUCAUUGAGUAAACAAAGUAAUGAUUCUUUAAUUUUGGGUUAUGUGAUAUCACAUUCUGUGUUUGUGUGUGUGUUUGUGUGUCAGUAUGCAAUAGACAUAAAUAUGCAUAUAGACACAGAUAAACAUCCACACAAUAUACACGGUUUCUUCUAUCUACGGAUUUGCCAACAGUUUCUUUUUUUCAGAUUAGAAACUUGACCCACGUGUGUUUCCAGGGCACAAUUGAUGAGAUGCAGCAGCCUUUGUGGUCAUCAGUCCCUUCACCAAGGCAUUAUGUCCCUUCCAGUAGCUGGGAUUUCAUAAUGGGACUUAUGCAGAUGAACAUAAUGCCUUUACAGGAGUCAAAAUCUAACCUCAGGCUAGGAACUUUCACUGCGAUGGUUUGAAAAACUGCUUCAUAGCAAAGAUAUUUUUAAAAGCCUAUUUUGAAGUGGUAAAAAAAUAUAUACAAACCCUUCCAUUAUUUUUCCUAACAGGAAAUGUAUUUAUUUGACAAGAUUUAAAGUAAUGUAGACCUUCCCAGGAGGUAAAUUAGCAGCACAGAUUUUACUCUUUUUUUUUAAUUUAUGAUGCAUUUUGUAUGGUCACCCAGUUGAAUGACCUCAUUACUAAUAUUUGUUGUAACAGUGAAAUUUGUUUGCCAACCAAUAAACAACUGAUUAAGAUUUAGAAGGCACUGUAUAUAUGUCCUGUACAAUCAGUCUCUUCUGAUUUAUCUCCCUUUCUAUCUUUAGCAAAGAAUAUUAGUUCUUUUAGUGCUGAAGGUAGCUAUACAAAUGAAAGGAUUACUCAGCACAGACUGAUGUAGAGAAGGAAAUAAACCAGGUAUCUAAACUUGUGGGGCAGGCAUAAAAAGGAAGGGCCUGGGGUUUAGCUGGGGACAUGCUGACUUUAGCUUUAGCUAAAAAGAGGAGCUAUUUUUUUUACAUACAUUUUUCUACCAUAUUUAUACUGUAUGUAGCAUUUACUGUUUGAUGGAUCUUUGUAGAUCAUACCAGCCCAUAACAUAGUGGCAUGAAACAAUCCCUGUGCACCUUUUAUGUAGCGGUUUUGAAGAGUUAAUUCCAACAGAUAACAGAAGGCCCUUAACUCCACUACUGAUAAUAUGUGAGUACUGUAGGGCACUCCUGGGGUAAUCUGUGAAUGCAGAACUCAUGUUUGCAGUUGUGAAUAACAGCAAUAGCCCUUAUGAUACUCACAGGUGACAAAACUGGGAAUUAACUCAGUCUUCCUGUUACAGCUACCCAGAAUACUAGAACAGGAUGUAGUACAGGUAGUCCUCGACUUACAACAGUUCAUUUAGUGACCAAAGUUACAACGGCACUGAAAAAAGAGAAUUAUGAUCAUUGUUCACACUUAUGAUUGCAGCAUCCCUCCCCCAAGCCCCCCGUUUACAUGCUCAAAAUCAGGACACAUGGCAACUGACUCAUAUUUAUGACAAUUGCAGUGUCCCACCGUCAUGUGAUCACCAUUUGCAACCUUCU